AUUCGACCAAAAUGCUCCACAAACCUUUUUCAAACAGAGUGCAGAGUGCUCCCGGCCGACCAUGUACUCCUCCAAUAGCUUCUCUCUCCCGGCCACCUCCGGUCGCCGGCACCAUCUCUUUGUUUCCAUUUCGAUCGCUGAAAGGCCGUUACAUGUUACCGUUACACCAGGUACAUGGCGGUCUGGAAAAAGGCUUGAUCAUUAUCAAUGUCGUCUUAAGAGUAGCAUAGUUUCCAGGCAACUUAUACCUGAAGAAUUAAGGGAAGAGUUGCAGAACGGCAUCCAAGAGGUGCUCGUGGAAGGAAGAAUAAAAGAAGCAGUAGAAGGGAUCAAGAGAAUGCUGCGUACCAUGGAGGACGGCGAGAUAAGCAUAUCUCCAUACGACACCGCAUGGGUAGCAUUAGUGGAAGACAUUAACGGAAGUGGCGGCGGUCCUCAGUUUCCGGCAUCCGUCGAGUGGAUUGCCGACCAUCAGCUACCCGACGGUUCCUGGGGUGACGGGAAAUUCUUCCAGGCUCAUGACCGGAUCAUCAACACCUUAGCGUGUGUCAUCGCGCUAGAAUAUUGGGGCGUCCAUUCUGAUAUUAGCCAAAAAGGUCUACUAUUCAUCAAAGGGAACAUAAGCAAGCUCGAAGAAGACAAUGCCGUGUACAUGCCCUGUGGUUUUGAAGUGACAUUUCCUUCCCUUAUUGACCUAGCGAGAAAGUUGAGCAUUGACAUCCAAGACGAUGCUCCCAUUUUUCAAGAGAUUUAUGAUCGAAGAAAUGUUAAGCUUGCAAGGAUUCCGAUGGAGGUACUGCACUCAGUCCCUACAUCAUUGCUUUAUAGCUUGGAAGGAAUGCCGGGGAUUGAUUGGCCAAGACUGCUACGAUUCAAGUCGAAGGAUGGUUCAUUUUAUACUUCGCCAGCCUCCACUGCCUAUGCGUUUAUGCAGACUAAAGACGAUGAUUGCCUCCGAUACUUAACUUCUCUCGUCAAAAAGUUCAAGGGUGGAGUUCCAAAUGUCUACCCGGUGGACUUGUUUGAACGAAUCUGGGCCGUUGAUCGGCUUCAAAGAUUGGGAAUUUCUCGGUAUUUUCAGUCAGAAAUUGAAGAAUGCGUCAAUUACGUAUACUGUCACUGGACCGACACAGGAAUCUGUUGGGCUCGAAAUAGCCUAGUCCAUGAUAUUGAUGACACCGCAAUGGGUUUUAGAGUUUUAAGAUUGGAAGGUUACCCUGUUUCGGCAGAUGUGUUCAAUAAGUUCAAGAGAGGGGAUGAAUUUUUUUGCAUAGCUGGACAGUCGGACCAGGGAUUGACCGGAAUUUAUAACCUGUACAGAGCGUGUGGAGUGAUGUUCCCGUCGGAAAAUGUAUUAGCCGGUGCCAAGAAAUUCUCGUCGGAAUUCUUAAAUGAUAAGCGUGCAAAAAAUGAUCUCAUAGAUAAAUGGAUCAUAAGCAAAGAUUUGGCUGGGGAGGUGGGCUAUGCAUUAGAUUUUCCUUGGUAUGCUAGCCUACCCCGCGUGGAAACAAGGAUGUUCUUGGAGCAAUACGGGGGAGAAGAUGAUGUCUGGAUCGGCAAGACACUGUACAGGAUGUAUAACGUAAACAAUAAUAUUUAUCUUGAGCUGGGUAAAUUAGAUUACAAUAAUUGCCAGGGAUUGCACCAACAAGAGUGGACAUGCAUUCAAAAAUGGUUUAAGGAAUCUGGCCUAAGGAAUCUGGGAAUAUUGAGUGAAAGAGAUCUUCUAUACAGUUACUACUUGGCCACCGCCAGUAUCUUUGAACCAGAGAGGGCCAAAGAGAGAAUUGCUUGGGCAAAAACAAAUGCCCUUAUCAAUACAACAAAAUCUUGUUUGAGUAUCCAACAGUAUGACAAGAGAACCUUUCUUCAAGAAAUGGAAUUCUGUGGCAAUAGCUCCAAUUCUAUCAAUGGUGUAAGUUACAAGCCAAAACAAACACUUAAUCAAGCUCUACUCGACAAGCUAAACCAGUUAUCAAUGGAUAUAAUAUCAAGUCACACUGGAGACAUGUACAAGUAUUUGCGUCAAGCGUGGGAAAAUUGGUGGAUGGGCUUGCAAGCGGGAAGCUUAGGAAAGGAAGCAGAACUCAUUGUGUGGACACUAAUUCCAAAUCAAAGCACUGUUCGCUACGAACCGUUGAACUCACUAAUUUCCCAUCCCAAAUACCAACAGCUUAUGGAUGUUACCAAUAGAAUUUGUCUUCAAUGUUCUCAAUUCCAAUUCCAAAUCCAACACAAAAAGGAUCAAAACAUGGAUAGUGGAGGAGGGCGAGGAGACUUGGCUGGCAUCUCCUCAAUUGAUUCAAGCAUGCAAGAACUUGUGGAAUCAGUUCUGACGAAUUCCCCAGGCGAUCUGGACAGUGAUUUGAAGAACACAGUUCUCACAGUGGCAAAGAGCUUUUACUACACAGUUCAUUGUAACCCACAAACUAUCAAUUCCCAUAUUGCAAAAGUGCUAUUUGAGAAAGUACCAUGAUUGUUAGCCAAAAUGAACAAAAGAAAAACGCCCUUUGGUCCAAACAUGGAUUUCUAUAUUGUCAAUCAAGCCAUCCUCAAUCAGGCUG